AUGAGUAGUGAUUCAGAAAAUUCCACAAGUGAUUUUUCGACGGAGGAAGUUCCUGCAAAAAUUUCAUCCAACCUGAAAUUAAUGGAAAUUUUGGAAAGCUAUAAUAUUAUAUUUAAUAAAUCGCAAGUUCCUAAAAUAAAAGAGAAAAAAGAACAAGCAUACAAAGAAAUCCACCAAAAAUAUAUUUUGCAAAUUGGAAGGGAUUUAACUGAAAAACAACUAAAAAAGAAAAUCCAAAAUAUGAAGACCGAGUUGAAGAAAAAGACGGACAAAACUGCAACGGGAAAUAAAAAAAUCGUUUUAAACGCGUGGGAAAAACAACUUUUAGCGCUAAUGGAAGGACAAGAAAACCCUGUUUUUCAAAAAGUAACAGGUAGGAGCAAUGUCGAUAGGAUCUGUGAUGGAACAACCUCAACCAUCACGUCCAAAACGGAAGAAUUUAUUCCACCUCCACCUCAUGUUCGACCUUUACCUGAUAAGUCUCCAGUUACCAGAAGAACCAAAUUUAAGGAAACCUCAAAUGUGUCCAAUACAGAGCUCCAACGACUGGUAUUGUUGGAACAGCUGGAACUAAUAAGGGUUCAAAAGGAAAAGGAAAAAUUAUUGUUGGAAAAAAUACAAAAAGAAAAUGGAAACCAAUUUGAAGAAAUAAAUAAUUUGUUGUUCAGAAAGUUCCCAUCAUGGAUCCAACUAGACGGGCCUAUCCCGUCUCUUUCUAAAACGGGGCCCGUCUUCUUUGAUGCGCCCCCAUCGAAGGGCGCCCAGUACGCCCCUGAAGGGCCCCUGGCUAACAUUCACUACAACAACAUAACACAGUCAGUCGAUAUUUCGACAUUUUCUUGCGCCGAUUUUAAAGAAUUUGUUGACAAAAAAAAUCCUGCGACGACCGAUGAAGUAGCUUCCGUUCCUGCAACCCACAGGUGCAGCAGGACUAUUCAGCAAGAGUUGACAACAAGGAAUCGACCGGUUUUGUGUUCAAUGUGUACGGCGGAAGCGGCGCUAUCGGCGGCUGCAGAAAAUCUCCGCGAACGCAGUAACGCAGCAGGAACGAGACUACCGCGGCAGGAGUUACGACGGUCGCGGAGUGAUAGUGUCGGUUGGCGACCUCUGGCGAUGAGAAGAGAAAAUUUUGAGAAUUUGAGGCGCGAAAUAUAA